AUGGACGCCAGCGGCAUCAUGGCGGGCUCGCCAUUUGGCAAGGACUCCGGUACAUCGACUCCCCUUCGCGGACAGUCGACAAGGGUACACGCUCUGAGAUCGGAGGUCAUUGAGGGUAUUGAGGAGCUCAAGGACGAAAUCGGCCAGGUUGAUGACCAGAUCGCUGCGGCUGCAGAUGUUCAGAUUCACCCCGGCGACUACGUGCUUGUGCACCAGCCCUCGGCCACGGUCCAAAAGUUCAUCUUGCGAGCUGCGACGAGAAGAAAGUUCACCGUCUUUAUUGCCGCUGGAACUACCCGCAGCUCGACCAACGAGGCGCCCUAUGCGUCGUUCAGGAAGAAGUUGGGCGCGGCCGGCAUCAAUGCCAUCAGCAUCCUGAACGGUGGCAUGAUGGCCUACAUGCCACGUAUCAACAAGGUCAUCUUAAGCGCGAGAGCUGUACUAGCCAACGGCGGCAUCCUGACGGACGCGGGCGCCGGAGUUAUUGCGCGCGCAGCCAAGGAGCAGGGCAACCCGGUCAUCAUCCUCAGCGGUGUUUACAAGCUUUGCCCAGAGAGUUACUUUGAUGAGGAGAGCCUUGUUGAAUGGGGCAGCUCUAUGAGCCACGUAAACUUCGCAGAUGGAGCCAUGGUCAACGGUGUGGACGUUCGGAGCGCUGUCAGCGAGUUCGUGCCUCCCGAACUGCUCGACACAUACAUCACCAACCUCGGCGCGCACUCUCGCAACCACCUGUCAACCAUAAUUGCGGAUCACUAUAAGCCGGAAGAUGUUGACUUCCACCUCUGGAGCACUGAGGCUGACCGAUGA